CGUCAGUUGGAUUUUGACUACUAAAAAGUAACAUUCAGAAAAGUUAUAACUAGAAUGUCACAGAAAAGGAAAAUCGCUAUCAUAGGUGCAGGAGCGAGUGGCUUGACCGCGAUUAAAUGCUGCUUGGACGAAGGAUUAGAUCCGGUUUGCUUCGAAACAGCAGAUGAUAUUGGAGGCCUCUGGAGAUACACCGAAGAAGUCGUAGAUGGUCAGGCGUGUGUUGCAAAAUCAACGGUUAUGAACACCUCGAAGGAGAUGUCAAUAUUUAGUGACUUUCCAGCUCCAAAGGAAUUCCCAAACCUUUUACACAACACAUUGCUUAUGAAGUACUUCCGUCUUUACGUUGAAAGAUUUGACCUAGCGAAGCAUAUCAGGUUCAAAACGUCCAUCAAAUCUGUAAAAAGGGCAGAAAACUACAACGCGACUGGCAAAUGGAUCCUACAAAUAUCAAACGUGAACACUCUUGAACAAAGUACCGAAAUAUAUGAUGCUGUUCUGGUGUGUACGGGACACUUCUCAGAGAAACAUGUUCCUCAUUUCUCUGGUUUGGAGAACUUCAAAGGCAAAAUACUGCACAGUCAUGACUUCAAACACGCAAGUGGCUACGAAGACAAGAAUGUACUAAUUGUUGGUCUUGGCAACUCAGCUGCUGAUGCGGCAGUUGAGAUAAGCAAAGUCUCCAAACAGAUAUAUUUGAGCACACGAAGAGGCAGUUGGAUUUUUGACAAAGUUGGCAAUAAGGGCGUUCCCUUUGACCUAAUUGAAUACAAUCGAUUCCAUGAAGUCUGCAAGAAAAUCAUACCAGGAAAUGUACUCAUGACAUUAGCGGAGUAUCAGGCAGAAAAACUCAUCGACCAUGAGAAAUAUUCAUUAAAACCCCAGAAUAGAAUAUUCCAGCAUCAUUUCCUAUUAAAUGGUGAACUGCCUUACCGUAUCAUAUGUGGUGCGGUCCAAAUUCGAUCUGAUAUAAAGGAAUUUACGACAACUGGCGUUGAGUUUGUUGAUGGCAGCAUCGUUAAUGACAUAGAUAUUGUUUUGCUAGCCACGGGAUAUAACUUCAGAUUUCCUUUUUUGGACGACGAUGUUAUUGACGUAAAGGAAAACAACUUGAAUUUGUACAAGCACGUAUGGAACCCAGAUUUGAAUCACCCUACCAUGGCAUUCAUAGGACUUUGCACACCACUCGGUGGAAUUAUUCCAAUUUUGGAAUUGCAGUGUAGAUGGGCAACAAGCGUUUUUAAGGGUGACAUCAAGCUUGCGUCCAAGGAGCAAAUGUUGGUAGAUAUCAAAAAGAAACGUGACAUCGUGGCGUCUAGAUACGUGGAAUCACUACGUAACACAACUACAGUUGAGUAUAUGCCUUACAUGGAUGAAUUGGCAGAGCUAGCUGAGUGUAAACCGGAUAUGUGGAAGUUGUUUAAGGCAGAUCCUAAGUUUGCUAUAAGGUGUUUCUUUGGCCCAUGUCUACCCUAUCAAUACCGAUUGUUUGGACGAAACGCAUGGCCUGGAGCUAAAGAAGCCAUUCUAACCAUGUGGGAGAGGGUCGAUGCGCCGCUCAAGACACGUCCUACUGGAAACAAACCAAAAUCGGGAUCAACAGGGCUUAUAAUCCAAUGUUUGGCAAUCUUGCUAAUCUCAUACAUUUUUAUUAUCACCUUUGGGACUUUGGUUUAAGUACAAUGUACAUUUAAAUUGAGAUCAUAGCCACAAUUUCAGCCUUGUGGAGUAUAUCACGCUAUUCCUGUGAAAAGGGCUAAAGGAUUUGGCAAAAUGAAAGGUUUAGGGUGAAAUGUAUAUAAAUUAGAAUUUAUUUUGAAUGAUUGUAAUAAACUCAUACUUACCUGACAUCUAUGUUAUAGUUUGAUUUACUGUAUAAACUUAAUGGGAG